CGAAAGCGUGUGGGACGACCUCAUGCAAGCAUCGUGGAUAGCGGCACGAUGACAGACCCACACAAGCCCCGUCCCAAGGUAACCUCGCAUAUAUCCAGCACGCCGAGCCACUCGCCCAGCACGACGUACAGAGCAUCCGUCCGCGCCAAGGUCACGCCAAGCGCCAUCACCGCCUCCCAGACAACCCCUGGCGCCAGUUCGAGACCGUCGCUGAAAACCACAUCCUCCUCCUCGUCCCUCCGCUCGCACGUCUCCGCCUCCUCCGCCAACACCCCAAGGGCUGGUGCAAGGUCCCCGCUGCCCAGAACGCCCUCGACGCCGGCAUCGGUACCUCAGGCGAGGGUGACAAAACCCUUUCAGCCGCAGCGCUCGCCACUGACCCCGGGGUUUGCGCCUAAUUCGGGUAAUCCCUCUUCUUCUAGCUCGGCAUCUGCACUGGGUGUGGCCUCGGGAACACCGGUGGCUGUACCGAGAGUGAGAACUGCAAGGUCAGCUUUGGGUGUCUCGACCGUAUCGGGCGUGUCGAACUCGAGUGCAAGUAAGGGUAAGAAUAAUACUGAGAACGGUAAUGGCAGUGCUAGUGGCAGUGGGUAUGAUGGGAGCAACGGGUAUGGCCAGACACCAGCGGCUCCAGUUGUUGGUACGAGCACGACGAAUGCGAGUAUGUACAGUACAAGGACGAGGACGGAUUCGUUGAAGAGCACGUCCUCUGUUGGCGAUCGAGCACCUCGAGUGAGGGUAAAGCUGCAGCCUCAACCUCAGUCCCAAGCUCAAACUUGGCUACACCCCAAAUCCAGUUCCCAAUUCACUUCACCACCCUCAACCUCCUCACCUUCGCCCACUCCGCAAGCCCAAACCCAAAACCAGAACCAGAACCGAAGCACACACUUGCCCCCGCAUGUACCAUACCAUCUCUUAACCAACCCGACAGCUUCGGCACCCACUUCGCCUACCCCCUUCACCCAGCCUCAGAGUCCCGACAUACAACCCACAAGUCAAGGUCCCCACCCGCCUUCACCUCUAUCCUCCACCUCGGCCAUGACCACCUCUUUUACAGCGACAACGAUGACGACGAAAAGAAGGACGUCAAAACCGCGUUUACCACCCAUGAUCCUCCACCCUUCCGAGCGUCAGCAAGCGCUUAAAGAAGGGCGGAAAGUCGUCGGCUGGCUGGGGAUGGGCGGCGUGGGAAGGGGGAUGAGGAUGAUGCCAGGUUCGCCAGAGAGGAAGACUGUGGAGUUACCGGAUUUGACGCCUGCUGCGCCUGGUACGCCCGGUUUGGAGGAGAAGGGGGAAGAAGAGUGGGAGGGUGAGAAUGGGCUUUAUGCGGAUGAGCGGGGUGAACAGGGAGACCUGGGUCGGGAGGAAUAUCAGUCCCUUUAUGAGAAUGGCAACGAGAACGACAACGACAAUGACGACAAACAUGGAUGUGAGUAUAAGCACAGGUAUGAGUACGAUUACGUCAAGGAUAACGAGAACGGAGAGAGAUAUUCAAUCGAGAAUAGGAAUGGGAAGAGGAAUGCGGAACAAGUGGAAGUGACGAGUGUUUUGCCUAUUGUAGGAGAUCGACAAGAUUCAAGCAAAGGAGGAGAAGAAGGAGAAGCGAAACGGAAAUGUGUCGGGGAAAACGGGGUCGAGGCGGAGGCGGAGGCAGGAGCAGGGACGGAGAUAGGAGGAGAACAAGAACAAGAAGUAGAUGAUAUGUUGGUUACGGAUGCAGUUGAGGCCAAGAUCAAUCGCAAGCAGGUAGCGGAUCUCGAAAUAUCCAACGCCAGUCUCUUAGCAAUCAACAAAUCCCUCGAAGCUACCAAAUCCAAACAACGCGCAGAGAUUGGGAAGCUCCGAAGACGGUUACGCGAGACGCUUGCUUUCCCCCAUCUCGGAUCUGAAGCUCCCGGUGGUUCUAGCUCCGGCUUGGACUUUGGUUUAGGUUUGGGCGUAGGCGCGUCGAGUCUGGAAGAAGAAGCCGAUCCCGAAUCCGAACAUGAUCUCAGCCUCUUUCUUCUCCACGAGGCAGAGAUGGCAGAUCCUCAGCUCGAUGCUAGGUGGUCCAAGAUGGAAGAUUUGGUGGUGGGUAUGAAGAAGGCUGCAGAAGAAGCAUUACGGAGAGGGGAAGAGGAAGGGUCGAGAGAAGGGAGGGGGAGGGUGUUGGGGUGGGCGGAGAUGGAGGAGAUGGAAGAGGUGGAAGAAGGGGAUGUUAGUUUUACGUCGGAGGGGGCAGGAGAGAGGUCAGAGGAAGAAGGAACUGUCUCGUGAGAAGAAGUGUCAAGAACGAAGAAGAGGAAGAGAAAGGUGUCUCCAUGGGAUUUACGUAUAGAAGACGGGCAAUAGAUGGAUGGUUAGAGAUGGAACCAGCGAAAGAAUAUUCGUGUUGUAUGUGCAUAAUGGGUCAUUAUACAAUUGAGUGUAGUAUAGAGUAGAAUCAAACACCGCUGUGGCUUUUUUAGUAAAGUAUAGAAAUAAAAAUGAAGUGUUUGUCAUCCC